CUGCUUGUAGACAGGGUAGAUAUUGUCCACCUGGAAUGGAUUUAGAAUGUCCCGAAGGAUUUUACUGCCCACCUGGACUUGGCAUGAUAGAGUGUCCACCUGGAGCAUAUUGUGAAUAUGGUGCUAGUGAAAUGCUUUACUGCCCACCUGGUACAUACUCCCAUGCGCGAUCUACCCACUGUUUGCCUUGCCCGGAAGGGACAUUCAACGGUAGAGAAUUUCAACCACAGUGCCUCCCUUGUGCUAGGGGCUACUACAGCCACGAAGGUGAAACACAAUAUCGACCGUCUGGACAUCUUUGCCGACCCGGGAACAGCUGUUAUCAAGGAAUACAAAGGCUGUGCCCAGCUGGCACGUUUCAACCAUAUCAGGGACAGAUUACAUGUUAUCCAUGUCCUAAAGGAUCUUACUGCGCUGGGGAAGGACAAACAGGUAUUACUGGAGCAUGCAGACCAGGGUGGCACUGUGGCGAACAAUCAACCAAUCCACAACCAACUCCUUGCAGACCAGGACACUUUUGCCCUUACGGUACAGCUUCAUAUUAAAUAA